AAGAUAAAUACGCACUCCAAAGCGGCACACAAACACAAAUACAUACACGCAGCCCGAAACGCGAGCGCAAACAAAAGCACCACCACCACCGCCGCGGCAGCUCGGCGGCGGCUUGCUUGCUUAGCCGUGAGGCGCGCGCGCAUUGGCGCGUACGGCCGCCGGCGGGCCAGCCAUAUAUACACAUCGCCGGGCGUCUCGUUGGCGGCCUAGCAAAGCUUGAAACCAAGAAUCUGCCGCGCCGUCUGCAAUGGCGGGUCACCGCCUGACCCUGCUGCUCGUUGCGGUGGCCGCCGCGUUCUUGGCAGGCGCGAGCGGCCGCCACGCGAGCGACUCGGCGCGGUUCCCCCUGCUCCGCCUCGCCGCGCCGGUGUCCCUCGCCGACCUGGCGCGCAGCGACCGGCAGCGGAUGGCGUUCAUCGCCUCGCACGGGCGGCGGCGCACGCGGGAGACCGCGGCGGGCUCGUCGUCGGCCUCUUCGGCUGCCGCGGCCUUCGCGAUGCCGCUCACCUCCGGCGCGUACACGGGCAUUGGGCAGUACUUCGUGCGCUUCCGCGUGGGCACCCCGGCGCAGCCGUUCCUGCUGGUGGCCGACACCGGCAGCGACCUGACCUGGGUCAAGUGCCGCCGCCCCGCCUCGGCCAACUCCUCGCUCUCGCCGGCCGACUCGGGGCCGGGGCCGGGGCGCGCGUUCCGCCCCGAGGAUUCCAGGACAUGGGCGCCCAUCUCGUGCGCGUCGGACACCUGCACCAAGUCGCUCCCCUUCUCCCUCGCCACCUGCCCCACGCCCGGCAGCCCCUGCGCCUACGACUACCGGUACAAGGAUGGGUCGGCGGCGCGCGGCACGGUGGGCACGGAGUCGGCGACCAUCGCGCUGUCCGGGCGGGAGGAGCGGAAGGCCAAGCUCAAGGGCCUCGUGCUCGGCUGCAGCAGCUCCUACACCGGGCCCAGCUUCGAGGCCUCCGACGGCGUGCUCAGCCUCGGCUACAGCGGCAUCUCCUUCGCCUCCCACGCCGCCUCCCGCUUCGGCGGCCGCUUCUCCUACUGCCUCGUCGACCACCUCUCCCCGCGCAACGCCACCAGCUACCUCACCUUCGGCCCCAACCCCGCCGUCUCCUCCCCCCGCGCCUCCCCCUCCUCCUGCGCCGCGGCCGCUCCCCGCGCGCGACAGACGCCGCUGCUGCUCGACCGCCGGAUGCGCCCCUUCUACGACGUCAGCCUCAAGGCCAUCUCCGUCGCCGGGGAGUUCCUCAAGAUACCGCGCGCCGUCUGGGACGUCGAGGCCGGCGGCGGCGUCAUCCUCGACUCCGGCACCAGCCUCACGGUGCUGGCCAAGCCGGCCUACCGCGCCGUGGUGGCCGCGCUCAGCAAGGGGCUCGCCGGGCUGCCGCGGGUCACCAUGGACCCGUUCGAGUACUGCUACAACUGGACGUCGCCGUCGGGCAAGGACGCCGACGUCGCCGUGCCGAAGAUGGCCGUGCACUUCGCCGGGGCGGCGCGGCUGGAGCCCCCGGGGAAGAGCUACGUGAUCGACGCGGCGCCCGGCGUCAAGUGCAUCGGCCUGCAGGAGGGCCCCUGGCCCGGGAUCUCCGUCAUCGGGAACAUCCUGCAGCAGGAGCACCUGUGGGAGUUCGACAUCAAGAACCGACGACUAAAAUUCCAGCGGUCGCGGUGCACGCACUGAUCCUGAUCGUCCGUCCCACAUCCAACCACGUCUUGUGUUUUUUCUCCUUGUGGUGGUGGCCUCGCUGAUUAUUGUUUGUUUUUGUCCCGUCUUCAGAUCUAUACUAAUGCAAUGAGAAAUGUGCCUUGCAGUUGCAAAAAUGAGUAAGCUGUAAUAAGUUUUCUGCCUCUCUUUUUCUUUACCACAUUUGGUAUAUCUUCAUUUCAGUGAAUAUAUAUACUACCGCUUAGGGCUGGUUCGUUUAUUUGUUCCACAA